AUGACGUGGCUGCGCGCUGCCGUCUCGCAGAAACGCGAUACCCACACUCUCCCACCCAAUCCAUCAGCACCUGGCGAAUACCAGGUCAAAGUGGUCAUGCAAGGCGACUCUGGCACAGGAAAAUCGGCAAUCCUACGCCGCUACGCGCAUGACCAGUUUGAAGUCUAUCCUUCCCCAACCAUCGGCGCGGAGUACGAGCGCCGCUGUGUGGAGUGGCAGGACAAGAGGAUCCAGUUGCAAUUGUGGGACUCGAGCGGACCCGAGCGGUACAGGUCGCUGGCGUACCUCCGUGGCAUGCAUGGCGUGGUGGUGGUCUACGACAUCGCCAACAGGGCGACCUUUGACAACGUCACGGCUUGGGUGGAGGAAAUGCAAAAGUACGGACAGGAAGGCUUGGUCGUGGUGGUGGCGGGCAACAAGACCGACCUGGCCUCCUCGACCAGACGCGCUGUGACCAAGCUCGAGGGCAGGCGGAAGGCGGAGGAGCUGGGCGUGCUGUUCUGCGAGUGCUCGGCCAAGACGGGCAAGGGCGUGGCUGAUGUGUUCGACCUCCUCGUGGAUGGCCUGAUGGGCGGCUGGCAGCGCGUGGCCCACAUGGCCACUCCGGCGCACGUGCCCAGCGAAGCCCUCCUCGCCCAGCUCUUUCCACACGCCACCGCCACCGCCACCAAUAGCAGCGCAGGCGCCAGCGAGCAGCAGCAGCAACCAAGGUGUGCCCUCCAGUGA